GAGAGCGUAGUCUAUAACUGGGGGGUAGUGAGAAGCCUAGUCAUCCGGGUAGAGAAAGGAGCACUUACAAGCCGGAGCGCGUGAGGGGGUAGCAGAGUCAAGUCAACAUUCUAUACCAAGCAAUGUACCGCAGUGUCGUCCUGCCGCCCUAUCCGACACACAGAGAAAACUGCAGUACUGCAAAGUGUGGAGAGAGAGAGAGGGGAGCACAAGAAAGAGGGGGUUGGGAAAGAGGUACCGCACCAUCGUUAUGAGUCCAACUGGAGAGAGAGAGAGAGGGGAAGGGGAGCGACGCAUUAUUGCAGUAUAGUGCCAUCACACACACACACAAACGAAACUAGUGCACAAACCGACACACAGAUACGCUUCCACACACUCGCCGGGAGAGGGGGAACAACGGUGGUGUUAGAUAAUUCUGAAACUAGACCACGGGAAAAUAGUGAAAUUAUAUAAUUGGGUAAUGUAAAGGAAAGUGAAAUCAGUUGUGUUUAGCUUUUGAAGGGGAACGUGCAAAUUGGUGUGAUUUUGAGCAUCUCGACUCAGCAUCUUUGGAGUAUCACGACUUCUCUUGCAUAGAUUUAUUAUUUAAAGAAAUUCGCCAAGCAUCCUUGGAUUUAUCCCUUAUGGAUUUUACGAACUGAAAUUGAGAAUCUGUGCAUUAUUCACUUUCAACCUCUUAUUCCGCUGCCUUUCUUCGAGCGAAUUAUUACCCGACGCUUGCCUGGGUAUUGCGGUACUUUGGUGAUGACUUGCGGUGCUAAAGCAUUGCUUUGAGGUUACUGCAUCAGCUUCUGCAUUCGUUUGUUAUUAACGCAUCAUUUUAAUCAGUCGAGUCUCUGAGGUUCUGGACAUCUUUGGACGACAGCAGAGAUUUUUCCCAUUGCUUUUUUGUGAUUUCGCUUUUUUAUUUUUUACUUCAGACCCUUCCCCCUUUCGUCUCUCGCGCUCUCUCUCUCGCCCCCACCGCUCACUGACAGUGAGUCAGUUCCAAGCAGCUGCAUAGAAGAUGUCUGCCCCAGAUGCUGCUCCCCCAGCUGGACCUCCCGGAGCCCCAGGGGCCCCAGGAGCAGACGGAGCCCCAGGUGGAGGGCCCCCACCCCCUCCUCCCAACACCUCCAGCAACCGCAGGCUACAACAGACACAAGCCCAAGUGGAGGAGGUGGUGGAUAUUAUGCGGGUGAAUGUGGACAAGGUUCUGGAGAGGGACCAGAAGCUGUCGGAGCUGGAUGACAGAGCGGAUGCUCUCCAGGCCGGGGCCUCCCAGUUCGAGAGCUGUGCAGCCAAACUCAAGAGCAAAUACUGGUGGAAAAACGCAAAGAUGAUGAUCAUUAUGGGUAUCAUUGGAGUUCUUGUGGUCGGAGUCCUUUUCUUGUACUUCUUCUAUUGAGUAAUCCCACCGUGGCAGGACACAGGCAUGAGAGCGGAAUAGGAGAGAAGAAGAAAACAAAUCGACACAAAUCCAAACUCCAGUCCCGCCCCCUUUUCCUCCACACCAGGUCUUCCAUCUAGCACUUAAACAUGACGCUAGUGUGUAGAUGUUGUUGCUCUCUUUUCUCUUUGUCCUCCUGCCCUUCCCUUCUCUUUGAUCCAUCUUUCUUCCUCUGUGUUGGCGUGCUGUCUCACUCACUCUCUCCUGCCUCUGCGUCUCAUACAUUAUUGAAGUGUGCAGUAGGGAAAGAGAGAGAGAGAGAUAGAGAGAGAAAGCAGGAAGAAGUGAAAGAGAGAGAGAGAGAGAGAAAGCAGGAAGAAGUGAAAGAGAGAGAGCAUGGAGAAAGAGAGAGUGAGUGCAAUGAAAGAGCGCAGCAGUUCUUUCUAUCCGCCAAAGCUUGUUCGUGUUACCUUUUGGAGAGCAUACCACAUUUGUAAAUUGAUACUGACAUACAGUACCUAACAACCCCUCCUGAUCCCGUACCUCAUACCACUACCAUUAUAAACACUACUUACUAAUACAAGGUCAUGUUUAAGAGUAUGAUCAUUUUGUCAUGUGUGUGUGUGUGUGUGUGUACUUGUGAUCCAAAUCAGUGUAGCCAGUAGCUUUUUCCAGGGUUAGUUGAUGUAGGCCUUGACGGGCAUUCCUGCCUUUUCCUUUACCUCCCUCUUCCUCUCACUCGCUGACUGUGGUGUUUAAGAGAGAGAUAGAGAGAAUAAGAAAAGCCAGGAAGGAUACUGGAAAAGGCAGAAACCACUUUUGGGACACUGACUUUUAGUAUAUCUUUAUUCUUGUACCACAGACAGACAGACGGACAGUUAGCUAGAUUGACAUUGACAGACAGAAACAGACCGUCUGUACCUACAUAGAGUAUUCUUUCAGGAGUGCAGACAAAAGUCUAUACAGCAUUAACUCUCAACACACCUAAAGGCAGGUCUGUGUAAUAACACUGCAUAGUACAUUUUUGAUUGAUUAGUGAGCAGCUUUACUGUGUUGUGGUUGUGUUCAGACACUCUUGUACGUUCUAGUAGAGAGGGUACAGGGUUAGGGAGGAAUGGUUCAAUAGACUGUCCCUUAUCUGGAGAGGACAUAACCAAAUAACCCCCCAAAUAACCCACUUCCUGCACAUCAAACCAACAAAAACACACACUGUUAUCUACAGUAGACUUUAGGCUGUUACCUACAGUAUCCAAUAAGCCCAAUGGAAGUAGUGUUUGUGUCUUACUUGACUUGCAUGGCAGACGAUGUCCAUAGUUUUGCCUAUUUGUGUGACCUAUGUAUCUGCCAUUUCUGAAACUUAACUGCCGAUUGUACAUUUAUUUUGUUUGGUUUAGUGGUUUUCAGGACCUGUGUAUAGGCUACUGUAUCUAUGCGCUCAAUUAGUAACUCAUGAGUAUGCAAUGCAAUGAAGCUCAAGAGUUUGCCAAAUUUUUGUUGCUCACCUGCUUUCAAAAUAACUAAUACACAACCAGAGAACAAUGGUUGCUACAGUAGUAUUCUGACGGGGAAAAAACGAAAACCAUAGUAGCGUACAAGUAGUACCAUAAAGUACUUCAUCUUUGCCAGACUAUUGCUCCUGAAAAUGUGUUUUUUAGUAGGUUUAUAUUUUACUUUUGGUGUUGGAUAUUCCAGAAAAUAUAAUUUUCCUCUCAAUGGUUGAUUAAGAGGGACUGUUUGACACAUUGUAAAAAAAAAAUAUGAAAAAUAUUAGCUAUGUGUAAAUUGCAUUUAUGAAUGAAAAUAGUGGUGAUUCCUCAAAACAAUGAUCUAAUAAUAUGAUUAGGUAAAUAAAUGAUACAACAUGAUAAUACUGGGAGAGAUACAACUGGAUCGUGAGAAUUCUUUCAACGCAUGCUAACCACUUGAUGCUAAUAAAGAAAAUCAUCAACA